AUCUGCAAUUGGAAAGCAAAUUGAAGUUCCAAAUCGUAGAGCCGUGACUUAAGCCACUCCCACAAAAUUGAACUACAAAUCCUCACAGCACUAAAUGCGUUUACUAUGAUAUUUUCCCGCAAAUUCUCCAAGUUCAUGCAGAAGGAAGGAUAGUGGAAUUUGUGCGCACUGCGCCCCUGGCGCAUCUUAUAAAACUCGUCAGGCCCUCCCUCCGGUCCCGUCACAGUACGCGAGUCGUCCGCGGCUUCAGAAAGCAGAGCGGAAGGCAAAGCUUCACCUUUCAGUCCUUGACUCGCCUUCUCACAAUGGCCAAUUCGUCUGUGUUCCAUUUGGAUUCCAGGGUUUCCUCUCAAUCUGAUUGCAAUGGGGAGGCUGGAUUCAGCUCUGUUGAUCCGGGGUUUGCCGAGAUUCUCGUAGUGCGUCACGGCGAAACGGCGUGGAAUGCAGUUGGAGUAAUUCAGGGACACAUUGAUGUUGAAUUAAAUGACGUUGGGAGACAGCAAGCAGUUGCAGUGGCUGAACGACUGUCCAGGGAAGCUAGAAUUACUGCUGUAUACUCAUCCGACUUGAAGCGAGCUCUUGAGACUGCACAGACAAUAGCAGUCAAUUGUGGUGGAUUAGAGGUUAUUAAAGAUCCAGGCCUGCGGGAAAGACAUUUAGGUGAUCUUCAAGGUCUUGUAUACCAUGAAAUGGCCAAAGUCAAUCCUAAGGCACACAAGGCUUUUGUAUCUCAAACAGAUCAAGAAAUCCCAGGUGGUGGAGAAAGUCUUCAUCAACUUAAUCAACGUUGCAUAUCAGCAUUGCAGAGAAUUGCUAGCAAGCAUAUAGGAGAGCGAGUAGUUGUAGUCACUCAUGGAGGUGUUAUUAGAUCGCUUAUAAAGAGGGCGGACUCGAGCGGAGAGUUCAGAGGGAAGAUACUGAACACAUCCAUCACCACAUUUCACUUGUCUGAUGGGGAAGAUUGGAUCAUUAGAGCCUGGGGCGACGUUUCUCAUCUGAACCAAACAGGGUUUCUGGAGUCGGGUUUUGGAGAGGACAGAACUUCUGGCUAGUUCGUGAGCAGCAUUGCAUGCUCUGGGAAGAAGGGAGAAAGUAGUAGACCAGGCACUAUUGAAGUCGCUGUAAUGUGACAACAAGACUCAUUUCUAAAGUGGGUAUGCGCCGGUCAAGCUUUUAUAUGGGCGUUGAUUAAGUAAUGAAAUAUUUAUUGAAUAAAAUUUGUAUUGUUAUGUUCAGAUGUUCCCAAAGAUUUAGUGUUCCAGUGAGUCGGGGUUGUAUGCAGAGAGUAUGUAAUGUUGGAUUUUUGGCUGUGCCUUGGGGGAUUUGUGGCCACAGCAGUGGCAUGUCUAUUAAUUGGAUCGUUGGAGAAA